UCCUAUUUUUUAAACUAAAUUUUCUUCUCCUUUCUCUCUCUGUAUCCCCUUUCUCCAAUCUCUCUCUAGAAUUCUCAACCUUCAUCUCUGCAACAAAUUUCAUUCAUUCCUUCAUUCCUUCAACAGAAAUCCUUAGGUGGGUUUAAUUUCUCUCUCCAGAAAUCAUCAGAGAGAAAGGAAGAUCUUAGAGAGAGAGAAGAAAUGGGGCAGCAAAAUCUGAUCUACAGCUUUGUAGCUAGAGGAACUGUGAUCUUGGCAGAGUACACAGAAUUCACUGGUAAUUUCACAAGUAUUGCAUCUCAAUGUCUCCAGAAACUUCCUGCUACCAACAAUAAAUUUACUUACAACUGCGACGGUCACACUUUCAACUUCCUCGUCUCGGAUGGAUUCACCUACUGUGUGGUUGCAGUUGAGUCUGUUGGAAGACAAAUUCCAAUGGCAUUCCUUGAACGAGUGAAGGAUGAUUUUAACAAGAGAUAUGGAGGUGGAAAAGCUGCUACUGCCCAAGCAAAAAGCUUGAACAAAGAUUUUGGGCCUAAACUGAAGGAGCACAUGCAAUACUGUGUUGAUCAUCCAGAGGAGAUGAACAAGCUUGCCAAGGUACAAGCCCAGAUUUCAGAAGUCAAGGGAGUGAUGAUGGAAAAUAUUGAGAAGGUUCUAGAUCGUGGUGAGAAAAUCGAGCUUCUUGUUGACAAGACAGAGAAUCUUCGUUCACAGGCACAAGAUUUCCGGCAACAAGGAACAAAGAUGAGGAGGAAGAUGUGGCUCCAGAACAUGAAGAUCAAACUCAUCGUGCUGGGUAUUAUCAUCGCAUUAAUCCUCAUCAUAGUGCUGUCGGUUUGCCACGGUUUCAAUUGUGGGAAAUAGUUCCCUAAGUCGAGCGGGCAUUUUGGUGGAGAUUUACUAUAAUGCUAUUAUAAUGGGUGUCGAAUAUUGAAUUCGAUAUCGCUUCGUGGUGGUACAGACUUGUGAUGGUUGUAGUAUGUAUAGGUCUUUCUUUAAAAGUAUACUAUAAGAUGACACAAUUUUCUUAUCUGUGGUGUUGCUCUUUGUUAUUUUGUAUUCAAAGCUACGGAUGAGGAUUGAGGGCGUUGGUAUUAUUAUAUUAUUGAUCUGUUGAAUACGAUUUUUUGUUGAAUUAUUCAUUGCAGUCCACCUAAUUUUCCUCUA